AUGGCUAGACCAUCAGGCUCGGGAUCUUCAGGCAACAACGGCGCCUCUUCACCGCGCUCUGCCAGGGCGCAGAUGGAGGAAGCGCUUGGGAAACUUGACAUAUCGGAGGUGGAGGCGACUCCGCUCGUGAUCAAUGAUCUGGAGGAUGGGGCAGCACCGAAGUGGCUCUUGGCAGGCAAGGUGUUGUUCAGGAACUUGUUCCACAUCCAAACGAUCACCAAUGCCCUUCGCCCUGCCUAUGGUAACCCUAGGAGCUUGGCUUUCCGUCCGCUAGGGGAGAAUAGAUUCGUAGCAGAAUUCGAAUCCAAGCGUGAUCGGGAUCGUGUCUGGGAGGGCUCUCCCUGGCACAUCAACAAGCAUGCAGUGAUUCUCGAGGAAUUUGAGUCUCACAUGCAGCCAUCUGAAUUGAAGUUUGAUAAGAUGCAAAUCUGGGCAAGGGUAGUCAAUCUACCCUAUAACUUGAGGAACGAUAAAUGGGGGCUUGCUAUAGCCCGGCUGAUUGAUAAGGAAGCUACGGUGGUGCAGAUCGAUCCAGUUGGAGGUUUUCCUCGGGCAAGAGUGACGAUUGAUGUCAAGAAACCGCUGCGCAGAUGGAUCGCGAUUGACUCGGCCAGGAGGAACAAAAUUGACUGGUAUGAUAUCGAGUACGAACAAAUUCCUCACUUUUGUUUCUCCUGCGGCCGUCUUGGGCACUCUGAUCUCUUUUGUCCCACCCCGGGCACAAGGGACGAGAAUGGCGACCUGCCUUUUAAGCAAAGCCUUCGGGCUAGUGAGGAUCGUAAGAAAGCAAGUUCUGGGGAUAGCACGACAAAGGAUAGGCCGGAGACGCGGAACAGCACCAAGGAAUCACGCUCGUCUAGCUUUCCUCAGAAGCAACAGAAGGAGGUAACCUCCCCAGUCAAGCCUACGUCGCAAAAAUGCAAAGGAGGUCCACAACAGAACCAGGUCUACAAGCCGGUGGUCAAAACUUCUCUCGCUAUCACCCAGGGCAGGGGGGAAGACGGGAGCAACAACUCGGAGGGCAUGGUGUUUUCUACGGGUGAAAAUAGUGCUGACGAGACUGAAUCUUCUGAGAAGGAGCCCAAGAAGAAAAGACCAACGCCACCAUCUUCAGAUAUUUCGGCAGAGGCUGUUCGUCAGCCCUGCCAGAAUCAAUGA